AUGACUGUUUCUGCUCCACCCACAUCCGCAUUCUGCAUCAGCCAUAGUGGUCAAAGGUAAGACCUGAAGUUACAGUUCCAGCAACGUGCUUUAUUUUACACAGUUAUCGAACGACAGAGUGUUUAUGCAGCUCGACUUUAUAGCAACAACAACAGCAGUUAUAGUUUAAAACAGGUGAUUGAUCCAAAUGCUUACCUUUUUAUGUGGGCACCCAAAAGUAAUGAUGCAGCUAAGUUUAAACCAGGGUCUGUUUGUAACAGUAUUGGGAUCAAUUCUGUAUCACACCUAGCCUAUACUAUCCAUGUAAACUUAGAAAUGCCCAAACCGAAGAAUCUUUGAUUUUGUCUGUAAUAAAUUGAUUUCUCUCCAAAUCUCUCUCUCUUGGGUUAAUUUUAUCCAACAUAUCAUCCAAAAUAGGUGCCCAGAAGAAGAGUUACUUUAUGAGAUGUCUCUCUCGUCCACCAACCCGUCUGUCCUCCUGAACACAGGAGCCAGGAUGCCCCUCUUGGGCCUGGGGACCUACAAAUUGUUGUCUCCUGAAGAUGUCUCCAAGGCUGUGGACGCAGCACUACUGGCUGGUUACAGGGCCUUCGAUAGUGCAGCUGCGUACCAGAAUGAAGCAGAGUUUGGGAGAGCCCUCAAGGAGCUCCUGCCUAAACAUGGAUUAACCAGACAGGAUGUAUUCAUAACCAGGUGAAAUAUAUAAGCUCAUAUAUCAAUAAAAUGAAAGACAAACAUUGAUGAAAUACAACCAAUUUUUAUGUUUGUCUUUCGUAUGAAAAAAAAAAAAAAACUACGACUAACUCUCCACUUAUGUCCCUGCAGCAAGCUGUCCGCAAAAGAUCAGGGUGAGAAGGCCAUGGAAGGAGCUCUUAACAGCCUGUCUCAGCUGGAUUUGGGUUACAUUGACCUCUACCUGAUCCAUGACCCUGGCACUGAGGGUCUCGAUGCCACAGACCCCUGCAACCCAGGUAAAGAACAGAGAGCUCAGAUAAAAGCAGACAGUUACCUUAAGUCUCUGGCUUGAUGUUUCCUUUCUCCAAGCCAACUUCUCUCUUAUUUAUUUCCUCUUAUUUCCUUCUUAUUUCCUCUCGAUGGAUAUGAGAAAGAUGCUGAAGUUGACUGGUCAGACCCAUUAUUAUUGCUCCACUAAUCCAGAGUUUUAUACUAAAAUGAUGACAGAUUAUUGGAUAAAACUCUACUGCAGUACUGUGACAUUGAGUUAAAAAGAAUCAGGAGAGUUUGCUUUUCAUUACCUUUUUCCCUCCCAUUAAACCUCUGACCACUCUUGAUAUAACUUAUUGUCAUUUCUGUACAGCUGCAUCUUAGUUAUAUUUUUUCUAUUUAUCCUUUUCAUUAGGAACUUUCAUUUGCUCCAACUUUGGCACCCAAGUUCAUAAAGUUUCUUUGCUGAUUUCAACCUGCAGAUAUAUGUAAAAAAAACUCAUCCGUCUUACUUUCAACACUAGAAACACAAACACAUAAUCACUUAAAAAUUCCUCACAUAAACUUCAAAGGAUAAAUCUGUAGUAAAAAUAAUGAUAAGUACAGACAUAAACAAUUUAUAGAUGAAAUUAAAAGAAUAUUCCUGCAGAAUUAACACAUAACCCAAUAUAAAUAAAGACUGUUGGCUGUUCUUCAUUGUAGGGGUCUGUCAGAUUGGAAACAGGCUAACAAUGCUGCUCUGCCACUGAUAACUCUAAACCUUAUGCUAUCUCUGUACCGUGAAAAUGUGUGCAAACAGAAACUCAACUGACAACUAUGAAGUUGUGAGUAGCUCCUGCUGUCAAAAUCAACAACUUACAUGAGUCAUUUCAUUAUUGUAAAAAUAUAUAUAUUAUCAUUACAGUGACAAGCAGAGAUUUUCUUCUUUAUUUAAAUGUAGCUCUUGGAAAUUAAAUCUUUGCUUAAGAAAAAAAAUACUGACUUGAUACCAGGCAAUAUAUGAUUAACAUCUUUGAGUUAGAUGGAAAAUCUUGUAUCUAUAAUGUAUCUAUGUACAUUAUUUUUUACUUCUGUGCACAUUUUGCCAAGUAUACUGAGAUUUUUUAGAUAAAUCGACCAUGUAGUAAUAAAUGAGUUAUUAGAGCUGUCAAUAAUUCCCAUUUAUAUUUGAUUCCAGUUAACAGAGCUAAGAGCUGGGUUGCACUAGAGGAGCUUCACGCCCAGGGGAAGCUGAAAGCUAUAGGGGUGUCCAACUUCACGGCAGCACACAUGAGGGGACUGCUGCAGAGUUGCAGAACUCCUCCUGCUGUGUUACAAGUGAGACACAGAACAAUAAAGAGAGGAAUAAGUCAAAAACUUUAAACCUAAAAAUGAUGUUUGUUCUUGUACCCUCUGCCAGUGCAAAUGCAAGUGUUUUUUUUCUUCAGGAUGAGUGCCACCCACAUCUGUGCCGAACAGAGCUGAGAAAAGUGUGUCAGGAGUAUGGAGUGUGUUUCCAAGCAUACUCAUCUCUAGGAAAAGGAAAGCUUACCACUGAGCCUGUGGUCAAUGAGGUGGCAAAGAGCUGUGCACGCACACCUGCGCAGGUAAAAGGAAUACAAACAGCUUCUAGAUAACAUAUUCUGGAGCCAGCCUCACAUCAUAAUAAGUGAAUAUAUAAACACAUUUAAGGGCAACAUUUAAGUUAUUGUUUUUUUUCCCUCAGGUUCUUUUGCGCUGGGCUGUGCAGCAGGGGAUACCAGUGAUCCCCAAGUCAGCAAAUCCAGACAGAAUAAAGGACAAUGCCAAGAUUUUUGACUUCACUCUGAGUGACACAGACAUGGACAAACUCUCCGCUUUGGACUGCGGGAAAAAGUACUGCGUGGAUUCAUCACAAGUGCUUUGACUCAUUAAUUGUUGAGCACAAAUGAUCUUCCAUGAUAAAUAUUAUGAAAUUAUGGAAGGAGAAGAGAAAUUCGGCCAGUAGAUUGAGACCAUAGACUGUAUGUACUAUGGACAACUUGGUUCCACCUCCUGCCAGUAUACGGAUUUGAAGCCGAAAAGCUCUCGGUAUUUCCACAAUUUUUCUUCAUUUCCUGAAACCAACAUUGCUCAGUAGCGUUGUACACAUUCGGCAGGAGAGUUGCCGAGAGUCGCUAUGAUUACGCUUGGCUCAAGCAGCGUAUCCCCCAAGUUAGCUACACAAUCUUCGUACACCCAUAGGCUGUAUCAGGUGUCAAUCAUAGAAAACACGAACCCCCUAAUAACUUUUAAAAACAGUGUUGCACAGAAAAAAGAGGUCUUGAACAUAAAUCGUUCUUACAAUAACUACAUGUCAACAUCAUAAGUAGGGGGGUGAAAAAUCUAUAUUCUGUGUUAUAAAUUUCUAAAAUUUGUCUACAGCUGUUCUCGGAGUGGCUUCACCCGGCGAGGAGGCAGACAAUGUCAAUUCUAUAUACAGUCUAUGGCUGAGACUCAAGGAAAAUUUUUGACUGAAUAAUCGAGUUUAAGUAACAUUUCAAAUGUAAGUGACUUUGAAAUUGCUGUUUGAUUGUGACCUAUGCAAUUUAUAGAACAAAAACCUUAAUGCUGCCUGCCUGACCAAAAACUGUGUUUGGUUGUUAAUGAAACAUAUCAUUUGCCAUCAUCUAAAUUGAUACAACUAACAAAUUAAUACAACUAAUUUUUUCAAAUUCUUUUAUUUUUUUCUUUAAUUAAAUUUUUAACAAAAUCAUGUAAGGGCUUUGUAUCAUGUUUUCUACAAAUUUUGCUGAUGAAUACCCAGAGAUCUGUAAUAAAACCAAUAAAAGAGACUAUUGAACUUUAUUUUCAGGUCAGCAAGUCUGUUGGUGUCUGUAAAUGAAAUGGUGCGGGACAUUUCUUUAAGACAGUGGUUCUCAAGUCCAGUCCUCGAGCCCCCCCCUCCUGCAUGUUUUGGAAGUUUCCCUGCUCCAACACACCUGAUUCAAAUGAUCAGCUCGUUAUUAAGCCAUUACAGAGCUUGAUAACGAGCUGAUCAUUUGAAUCAGGUGUGUUGGAGCAGGGAAACAUCCAAAACAUGCAGGACAGUGGGCCUCGAGGACUGGACUUGAGAACCACUGCUCCAAGUCAUAUAUGUAAGCAUGAAUUUUUAUUUAUUUAUUUUAUGCUUUAUUCGGAGUUAACACAAUUUUAAUUCCAAACAUAGCAUAAUCAGUUCGAUACAGUAAUUUCAAUAUUGAAAUAACAUCAGUGAGAAAUACUUAACAAUAUGGGAAAGCGACAAUGCAUGUUUAGACAGGGAAAGAAAAAAACAGAAGGGCAAUAAAAUAAAGUAGAUAGUGAAGAACAAAAAGCAAACAGAAACAUAAAAGUAACUUAAAGUAAAUAAAAUAAUUUAUGCUAUGCAAAACUUUACAAGGGUUUUCUUUCUUUUUAAAAACAUUUUCAGCUGUUCAUAUCUCACAUAACUUUUGUUCCUUCAAACCAGUUAACGUUUUAAGAGAUUUCAAAUACAUUUUAUAUUCGUUUAUGAAAACAAUGUAAGCAUGAAUUUUCAAGCAACCUCAUUUGACUUCCUGCAAACUCUGCUCACCUGUGAGUCACUUAACCGACUCAUUGGCUAGACUGAGUGAAAUCCCGCCUCACAGAGAUUUUUUUCCUCCUAAAUAUUUGGUCACAUUAUCAAUUUCUUUUACCAUUUCCAAGCAACAGGGGGUGGCUCAACUUAACCCAGUCUCCCCUACCCAUUUUUCUUUUUUCCUAUCCAAAAGGAAAUAAGGUAGAAAUAUGGUACUGUGAAGAUGUUAAUACAGUAAAUAUCUUGCCUGUAGCUGCUGCCUCUUCUGAUGUUAACCUCGUAGAUGACAUUGCCAGCUCUGAAGUAUUGACUUUUAGGGAAGGGGGAGAGGGCUGGCAGUGGCAUGGUUGAUCUGAAUGAGUUAAAUUAGAGACAGACAGAUUUAUUAAUGUACACUGUUUACUCGUCAAAAUAGCUCAUGAGUGUUGAAAAGCUCUGGUAUUUGAUCUAGCUCGCAUGCUAGCUAGGGGAGUACUCUACCACAGGUCAUACUGUCAACUGUAUAACUCUAUAAGAAAUCACAGCUCUCCUCUCUAUCUCUUCAUCUCACUUCAUUACUGUUACCGAAAAUACUAUGGCGAGCCUUUAACUUGUGAAUUUAUCACAUUCAACAAUGUCACCAACAUUAAACCAAAACAACUUGCCUCGCCUCACGGUCAGUCGUUGUUCGUGUCUCAAAAAGGAGGACAGGUAUAAAAUUUGAUAGUUACAGGACUUUGAAAUUCUUCUUUCAUGUAAGCAGAGGCCGACAAUAAACUUAGGCACUCUGCCGCCCCCUAGCGCUUAGGGCUGUAGCCUACACUUCAGAUCUGGUUGAAAAGAAAAGCGUUCAGUUUUGUACCCUCCGUUGUAGUCUUGUAACUAUUAUGUUAUAUAUCAUACUCAUGCUGUUCUAAAUUUCACUGCUUCAUAUUGAUUUGCUCUAUUAUGAUUUUUUAACUCUUCUUGUUUGUAAAGUUAAAGUAUAAGAAAAAGAUGUGACAGACCAUGAAAAAGGAGAAAAAAGACAAUAUAUUUCAGUGUUUUUUUUUAACUAAUAAGUAUGUUUUUCUCUGUAUGUGUCUGACCAAAAGAUCAAUAAAAAAUGUGAAAAAUGUAAAACAAUAGAAAUGUGAAACAAACAAACAAAAAAAAAAAAAAUCAGAACAGUUGUCCAUGCUUCUCUUGUAUCAAAAAUAAAGUUUUUUCCACUAUUUUUAUUCAAUGUUUUCAAUCAACAAACAAGCAUUUAAAAUGUUGGAUAUUUUACAAAUUACUCUAAACAAAAUAACCAGAUGGCAAAACGAGGGUCUACCAAUCAACCAACCAAGAAUUUUCUAAACAGAAACGUUUCAAAAACCUCAUAAUAAAAAUCUUCAAAAGUUUUUAUCAUACGCGUUUCGGCCUCCUCUCAUUUGCUAAUUUUCUGUCCAAUCAGAGGCGGCAGAGCAGACGCGUCACUUGUUGCCGAAAUCCAAACCAGCGCGCCACAUGACUGUUUCUGCUCCACCCACAUCCUGCAUCUGCCAUAGUGGUCAAAGGUAAGACCUGAAGUUACAGUUCCAGCAACGUGCUUUAUUUUACACAGUUAUCGAACGACAGAGUAUUUAUGCAGCUCGACUUUAUAGCAACAACAACAGCAGUUAUAGUUUAAAACAGGUGAUUGAUCCAAGUGCUUACCUUUUUAUAUGGGCACCCAAAAGUAAUGAUGCAGCUAAGUGUAAACCAGGGUCUGUUUGUAACAGUAUUGGGAUCAAUUCUGUAUCACACCUAGCCUAUACUAUCCAUGUAAACUUAGAAAUGCCCAAACCGAAGAAUCUUUGAUUUUACCUGUAAUAAAUUGAUUUCUCUCCAAAUCUCUCUCUCUUGGGUUAAUUUUAUCCAACAUAUCAUCCAAAAUAGGUGCCCAGAAGAAGAGUUACUGUAUGAGAAGAAGAAGAGUUACUGUAUGAGAUGUCUCUCUCGUCCACCAACCCGUCUGUCCUCCUGAACACAGGGGCCCGGAUGCCCCUCUUGGGCCUGGGGACCUCCAAAUUGUUGUCUCCUGAAGAUGUCUCCAAGGCUGUGGACGCAGCACUACUGGCUGGUUACAGGGCCUUCGAUAGUGCAGCUGCGUACCAGAAUGAAGCAGAGUUUGGGAGAGCCCUCAAGGAGCUCCUGCCUAAACAUGGCUUAACCAGACAGGAUGUAUUCAUAACCAGGUGAAGUAUAUAAGCUCAUAUAUCAAUAAAAUGAAAGACAAACAUUGAUGAAAUACAACCAAUUUUUAUGUUUGUCUUUCAUAUGAAAAAAAAAAACUAUGACUAAUUCUCCACUUAUGUCCCUGCAGCAAGCUGUCCGCAAAAGAUCAGGGUGAGAAGGCCAUGGAAGGAGCUCUUAACAGCCUGUCUCAGCUGGAUUUGGGUUACAUUGACCUCUACCUGAUCCAUGACCCUGGCACUGAGGGUCUCGAUGCCACAGACCCCUGCAACCCAGGUAAAGAACAGAGAGCUCAGAUAAAAGCAGACAGUUACCUUAAGUCUCUGGCUUGAUGUUUCCUUUCUUCAAGCCAACUUCUCUCUUAUUUAAUAUUUGCUCUGAGUCGCAAAGUGCAGACAAGACCUCUUAGAGGACACAAGUGAGGAGACAUGGAUACAGUCUCUUACGCUGACAUUUCCUCUUGAUGGAUAUGAGAAAGAUGCUAAAGUUUGACUGGUCAGACUCAUUGUUAUUGCUCCACUAAUCCAGAGUUUUAUACUGAAAUGACAGAUUAUUGGAUAAAACUCUACUGCAGUACCGUGACAUUGAGUUAAAAAGAAUCAGGAUUGUUUGCUUUUCAUGAUCUUUUUUCCUCCCAUUAAAGCUCUGACCACUCUUAGUAUAACUUAUUGUCCUUUUCAUACAGUUGCAUCUCAUUUAUAUUUUUUCUAUUUACAUUUUUAGUUAGGAACUUUCAUUUUGCUCUCACUUUGGCACCCAAGUCCAUAAAGUAUCUUUGCUGAUGUCAACCUGCAGAUACAUGUAAAAAAAACCUCAUCCAUCUUGCUUUCAAUACUAGAAACACAAACACAUAAUCACUUAAAAAUUCCUCACAUAAACUUUAAAGGAUAAAUCUGCAGUGAAAAUAAUAAGUACAGACAUAAACAAUUUAUAGAUGAAAUUAAAAGAAUAUUCCUGCGGAAUUUACACAUAACCCAAUAUAAAUAAAGACUGUUGGCUGUUCUUCAUUGUAGGGGUCUGUCAGAUUGGAAACAGGCUAACAAUGCUGCUCUGCCACUGAUAACUCUAAACCUUAUGCUAUCUCUGUACUGUGAAAAUGUGUGCAAACAGAAACUCAACUGACAACUUUGAAGUUGUGAGUAGCUCCUGCUGUCAAAAUCAACAACUUACAUGAGUCAUUUCAUUAUUGUAAAAAUAUAUAUAUUAUCAUUACAGUGACAAGCAGAGGUUUUCUUCUUUAUUUAAAUGUAUUUCUUGGAAAUUUAACCUGUGCUUAAGAAAAAAAAUACUGUUUAAUGACUUGAUACCAGACAAUAUAUGAUUAACAUCUUUGAGUUAGAUGGAAAAUCUUCUCCAACACCAGAUUGGUUUUACCACAAUAUCUGCACUAAGGACAUGCUGCCAUAUUACCCUUGAGUUAAUCACAUGCUUUGUGUUUCUUUGUGUUUCUUUGGUUACAUUGAAAUUUUGUUUAUGGUGAUGCCUGUACGUACAUUAUUAUUUACUUCUGUGCACAUUUUGCCAAGUAUACUGAGAUUUUUUUAGACAAAUGGACCAUGUAGUGAUAAAUGAGUUAUUAUAGCUGUCAAUAAUUCCCAUUUAUAUUUGAUUCCAGUUAACAGAGCUAAGAGCUGGGUUGCACUAGAGGAGCUUCACACCCAGGGGAAGCUGAAAGCUAUAGGGGUGUCCAACUUCACGGCAGCACACAUGAGGGGACUGCUGCAGAGUUGCAGAACUCCUCCUGCUGUGUUACAAGUGAGACACAGAACAAUAAAGAGAGGAAUAAGUCAAAAAACUUUAAACUUAAAAAUGAUGUUUGUUCUUGUACCCUCUGCCAGUGCAAAUGCAAGUGUUUUUUUCUUCAGGAUGAGUGCCACCCACAUCUGUGCCGAACAGAGCUGAGAAAAGUGUGUCAAGAGUAUGGAGUGUGUUUCCAAGCAUACUCAUCCCUAGGAAAAGGAAAGCUUACCACUGACCCUGUGGUGAAUGAGGUGGCAAAGAACUGUGCACGCACACCUGCGCAGGUAAAAGGAAUACAAACAGCUUCUAGAUAACAUAUUCUGGAGCCAGCCUCACUUCAUAAUAAGUGAAUAUAUAAACACAUUUAAGGGCAAUAUUUAAGUUAUUGUUCUUUUCCUCAGGUUCUUUUGCGCUGGGCUGUGCAGCAGGGGAUACCAGUGAUCCCCAAGUCAGCAAAUCCAGACAGAAUAAAGGACAAUGCCAGGAUUUUUGACUUCACUCUGAGUGACACAGACAUGGACAAACUCUCCGCUUUGGACUGCGGGAAAAAGUACUGCGUGGAUUCAUCACAAGUGCUUUGACUCAUUAAUUGUCAAGCACAAAUGAUCUUCCAUGAUAAAUAUUAUGAAAUUUAAAUAUAAUUUUUAUAUUUUUUUUCUGCUGCCAGUGGGUUGAGACUGAAGGAAAAAUUUUGACUGAGAUAUUGAGUUCUAGUAACAUUUCAAAUGAAAGCGACUUUGAAAUUUCUGUUUUAUUGUGCCUUAUGCAAUAUAAAGAACAAAAACCUUAAUGCUGUCUGACCAAAAACUGUGUUUGGUUGUUAAUAAAACUUAUCAAUUGCCAUAAUCUAAAUUGAUACUACUAACAUUUUUUCAAAUUCUUUUAUUCUUUUCUUUAGUUAAAUUUUUUUAAAAAAUAUGUAAGGGCUUUGUAUCAUGUUUUCUACAAAUCUUGCUGAUUAAUACCCAGAGAUCUGUAAUAAAACCAAUAAAAGAGACUAUUGAACUACUGAACUUUAUUUUCGGGUCAGCAAGUCUGUUGAUGUCUGUAAAUGAAAUGGUGUGGGACAUUUCUCCAAGUCAGUGGUUCUCAAGUCCAGUCCUCGAGGCCCACUGUCCUGCAUGUUUUGGAUGUUUCCCUGCUCCAACACACCUGAUUCAAAUGAUCAGCUCGUUAUUAAGCCAUUACAGAGCUUGAUAACGAGCUAAUCAUUUGAAUCAGGUGUGCUGGAGCAGGGAAACAUCCAAAACAUGCAGGACAGUGAGCCUCGAGGACUGGACUUGAGAACCACUGCUCCAAGUCAUAUAUGUAAGCAUGAAUUUUUUUAUUUAUUUAUGCUUUAUUCAGAAAUUUUAAUUCCAAACAUAGCAUAAUCAGUUCAGUCCAGUAAUUUCAAUAUUAAAAUAACAUCAGUGAGAAAUACUUAACAAUAUGGGAAAGCGACAAUGCAUGUUUAGACCGGGGGGAAAAACAGUAGGGCAAUAAAAUAAAGUAGACAGUGAAGAACAACAAGUAAAAACAGAAACAUAAAAGUCACUUAAAGUAAAUAAAAUAAUUUAUGCUAUGCAAAACUUUACAAGGGUUUUCUUUCUUUUUAAAAACAUUUUCAGCUGUUCAUAUCAUAUAACUUUUGUUCCUUCAAACCAGUUCACGUUUUAAGAGAUUUCAAAUACAUUUUAAAUUCGUUUAUGAAAACAAUGUAAGCAUGAAUUUUCAAGCAACCUCAUUUGACUUCCUGCAAACUCUGCUCACCCGUGAGUCACUUAACUGAUUCAUUGGCUAGACUGAGCGAACUCCCGCCUUCCAGAGAUUUUUUUUCUUCUGUGAUUGGCUUCAUGUUCUUCCAAUCAACGGCGUCAGAGUAGAUGUAACCAUGACGACGCAAAACUCAUAGGCCAAAAUCCGCUUAAACUGGUCACAUGACACUCAGCUGACCAUGUGCGGAACAACGGAGCGGUUGAACACAAAACUAAGCGAUGAUAUGAACUACAAGGAAGACAACAGUUAACUGUUUCUUCUCUUAAGUUUUGCCUAAAGGACACAUUAACUUGUGAAUACACGACAGACUGUUUUAUCCACUUAUACGUCGGAGGAGCCAGCUGAUUGAACCCAGAGGUGAGAUGUUUCCUCCAUGUGACAUCUUAAUUUGAUGUUUCUGUUAGUUCUACCAAAAUGAAGGUUAAAUUUUUACGUUUGAAUCAAACUUUGUCAUUCCUCAUGUUGCGAUGUUGCCUACUGUCAGUCACAUUUGUCUGAAUAGUCAAACUUUGUUGACAGUACCAUUGAAACACAGUCAUAUAGCUAUGUGAUUUCUUUUGUUGUAAGGUUGAAUUCUUGACUUGUUUAUAACAGUGUUUGUGCUUAAAUGUAAAAUAUAAACAUUUAAGAGCUUUAGCAGUUUAGUCACCGUACUGUUUGAGUGUCUUCAUGCAAUAUUUGUAUUAUUAGUUCAUUUGUACACGUGGUGUGGCCUUUCUGUCGCCUCAUUUGACUGUCCCAUAUCACACUCCUGCAGAAAUAGCCCUAACUUUUAACUUCUACACUGUAUGUACUUCUCAAAUCUUAUCAAUUGCCUGAAUCUGGUCUCUCCAUUUCUGUAUCAAGGUUGGGAAGACAAACACAUCCAGAUGUCCUCCUCCACUUCUUUUUCUGUCCCUCUGAACACUGGGGAUCACAUGCCCCUCCUGGGACUGGGGACCUACAAGUUAGUAGGUCCUGAAGAUGUGUACCGGGCUGUGGACGCAGCACUUGCUGCUGGUUAUCGUUCCUUCGACAGCGCGGCCGUCUAUAGAAAUGAAGCCGACCUGGGGACAGCCUUGAAAAAGCUCCUGCCUCUACACGGCUUGACUAGAGAGGAUGUUUUCAUAACCAGGUAAAAUAUCAAUGCCUAUCUUCCAAUAUCUUCGUGACCUUCUUGAAGUAUAAUUAUCAAUGGAAAACAUCUUGUGUUAUGGCACUUUAAUGUACAUAGAUAUCAUUUUCAUUUCAACUGUGAUAUGAAACCAAACAAAAAAAUCUUGAAGUUGGGCUCGUAAAUGUUCUCUCAACAACCCUUCUUUCUCUGAUUCCCCCUCUCAGCAAGCUGGGCCCCAAAGAUCAGGGUAAACGCGCCAUGCAAGGAGCCCUUCGCAGCCUGUCUCAGCUGGAUUUGGGUUACAUUGACCUCUACCUGAUCCACUGGCCUGGCACACAGGGCAUGGAUGUAUCUGACCAACGUAACCCAGGUAAAUAAUUCAGUAAGGCCAGUGUUGAGUCUGUUUUAAUUCAUACAAAUGCUGAAAUGUGUCUAAAAUCACAAACUCGUGGUAGUAUUUACAUUGUCUAAAAAGCAGUAUUUGUGAUAUAAUCCACAAAGUAAGAUUCGGUCUGUCUUCUCACUGUCCUGUUUUAAGUCUGCGGUUGUACUUGAGUAACACUAGUAAUCAUCCCCUAUUAAUGUUUUAUUCCAGGCAACAGAGCUCAGAGCUGGGCUACACUAGAGGAACUUCAUGCCCAGGGGAAGCUGAAGGCCAUAGGGGUGUCCAACUACACACCAGCACACAUGAGGGAACUGAUGCAGAUUUGCAAAACUCUUCCUGCAGUAGUACAAGUAAGAAGCAUGACAAUCAAAAGAGAAUAUCUCACAAAUAUUUAAUAAAAAUAAAAAAAUCUGCUCUAGCACUUUUUGACAGAGUAAAUCUAGAUAGGUAGUGCUUUUCAUUUUUUCUUCAGGAUGAGUUUCACCCACAUCUGUGCCAAAAAGAACUGAGAAAAGUGUGUCAGGAGUAUGGCGUGUGUUUCCAAGCAUAUUCAUCCCUAGGACAAGGAGAGCUAAUUACUGACCCUGUGGUCAAUGAGGUGGCAAAGAACUGUGCAAAAACACCUGCACAGGUAACACAAUAAACAAAAACAAAGCAUCUUUAUAAACGACCUCAGAUUUUAAGUAGACAGUACUAAAGCCCCUUGUCUGCCUCCAGGUCCUUUUGCGCUGGGCUGUGCAGCAGGGGAUACCAGUGCUCCCCAAGUCAUCAAAUCCAGACAGAAUAAAAGAAAACUCCGAGAUUUUUGACUUUGCACUGAGUGACACAGACAUGGACAAACUCUCAGCUCUGGACUGCGGAAAAAAGUACUGCUGGGAUGCAUCACAAGUGGUAUAA